AUGACGGACAUGGCGCGGCAGCUCCUGCAGGAGCUCAUGGGCGAGUAUCAGGACACAGGCAAGUCGUACACAGACGCAGACGUAUGCAAGAACUACCUGGUCAGCUUCUGUCCAAACCAACUCUUUACAAACACCAAAGAUGACCUCGGCCAGUGCACCCUGGUACACGACGACCGGCUACGCACCGCCUACCAGCAGUCGAGCGACCGCGGGCGGCUAGGCUACGAGCAGUCGUUCUACUCUUGGCUGCAGCAGCUGCACCACGACCUGCAGCGCAAGGUGCGCCGCGCCCACGAGCGUAUCACAGCCGAAGCCGACGACACCCUGGCCAACCCGCACCGCGAGGAGAAGGAGGAGCGCGCCAUUCUCAUGGACGAGCGCAUCCGGGAGAUGCUGAAGCGGAUUGAGGACUGUGGUAUGAGCGGCCGCGUCGACGAGGCACUCAGUGUGUUGGCCAGCAUGGAGAAGGCCAAGGCUGACUUGGUUGUGCUGCGCGAGCGCAUUGACGCUGGAAACCCAAUGUUCAAGAACGAGAAGCGCCUGGAGGUGUGUGAUGUGUGCGGCGCGUUCCUGGUUCCCAACGAUGCGUCGAAGCGCCUGGACGCCCACAUCGAGGGCAAGCAGCACCAAGGAUACCUGAAGAUCCAGCAGGCACUU